AAUGUUGAACUUGAAACCAGGACUGUAGCCAUGGAUGAUACGUCUCUGAUGACACCAAGAAGUGCCCUGCAGGCCUACAUGGAUGUUGCUACGCCUGUCAGCACACCAAAAGUAUUCAAGAAAACCAGUCAAGCUCACCCUGCUCUAGAGGAUCCUACUACUGCUGCUGCUGCUGCUGCUGCUGGUACUCCUGAUUUGCGCAAACAGCUUCUGAAGCGUCGAUCUUCAAUUGGCGUAAACAAAGAAACCAAUUAUUUAAGGCAAAAACUGGAUACAACAAAGGAUAUGAAUCAGAGUGUUGGCAUAGAUCUAACAUAUGGAAAUGUUGCAGAAAUAUCCACUUCAAGUGAUGUAAGUAUUGAUACUCUGAAAGAAACACUCAAACGAAAGCGUCGAGGUAUUUCUGCAAAACCACCAAUUCCCAGAAGAGGCAAAAUCGUGGACAUGACCUUUGCAGAUAUGACCUAUGCUGAAGUUAAUGAAUUCGAGUCUUCCACUGAUAAAACUCUGGAGGCGGAAUUGGAAAAAAUUACCAAACGAAGACGAUUUAGAAACAUACUAAGAAAGAAACUACCUUCGUCCCAACCAGUGACAAGUGAUCACCCUCCUCGUAACACGGAAUCAAGAAACAUUACAUUACCUGUCGAUUUAACUUAUGGAGUUGUGGACUCUGAUUCAUCAAUAGACAGUGUAAAUUUGGAUGACAUCAGGAGACGGCGCACAAAAAUUUUAGCAGCUGGUAAGCAAACGCGAAAGAAGACUUUGAUUGAUUUUGUGAAAGAAGAUUUUGACAGCUAUGAUGGUCGAUUGGAAUCUCUUGGAAGAACAGCGGCGCCUGAACAUGAAGGAGUGAGUUAUGAUCCUGUUGAUGUUGAAGAAGUGUCUUCUAAUGAUAGUAUUGACAUAGAAGCUGUAAAGCAGCGACGAGAUCGGCUUAAAAGCUCUGGAACGAGCCUCAAAACACUAGAGCUGGAGAAAUUGGCACUCUCAUCUUCAUCAUCUCCAGAUACUUCACCACACCGUCGUUCCCCAUCUACUUCACCACGCCGUUCUCCUACAGCUGCUUCACCACGCCGUGCACCUACAGCUGCUUCACCACGCCGUGCACCUACAGCUGCUUCACCACGCCGUGCACCUACAGCUGCUUCACCACGCCGUACUCCUGUUACUACUUCGCCGCGUCAUACUCCAAUACGUGCUUCACUGCGCCAUGCUUCUCCUCAUGCUUCGCUUCACCGUGCUCAAUCUGCUUCACCACACCGUGCUCCAGCAGCUGCUUCAACGCGCCGUUCUCAUCGAGCUGCUUCACCGCAAACUUCUCCUCCAGCUGCUUCACAGCACCGUGCUCUUCCAGCCCCUACCCCGCUCCUAUUUUCUCCAUCCGCUUCACGCCGUGGCCCUCCAGCUGCUUCAACUAGCAGUUCUUUUCCUGCUGCUUUACCACGGCGUUCUCCGGGCGCUUCAUCGCGCCGUUCUCCAAGCGCUUCACCGCUCCUAUUUUCUCCAGUCUCUUCUCCAGACCCAAACGACCAAAUCGCUGCAAGCCACAUAGCAGUCAGCCAUGCCGAGUCUUCCAUUCCUCCUCAUACCGCAGUUGACUUCAUCGCUGCAAGGAAGUCACCGGUCGCUCCUCCUACCAGAUUGGGUCACAGUCUGUCAUCUUCCUUAAGAAAUCGAUCUGGCAUUGAGGAGCAAGAGCCCAUCAGCGAAGCUACUGUCGAUCAUCGUCCAAGUCCUCCGUCUGCUUCUAAGAAGAGAAAAGCAUCCGAAUCUCUGAUCAACAGUAGCAAAUUUUCUGAUUCAGAUCAGAGUUUUGUGACGGCAGCUCAGGCAGUUAAGCGUCGGAAUCUGAAAGUAUUACCGCGCACAAGGACGAAAAUAGAUGUCGCUGCUCUCAUUCAAGAAGCUUAUCAGGAAAGUGACUCUGAUAAAAAGUCACCUUCGCCAAAGUUAUUCUCAGAUGGACAGGCGAUAGUUUCGGAUGUAAGCCCAGAUAAGGGUCCCAAUGAUGACUCAAAUGAUGGUCCAGAUGAUGGCUCUGAUGUUGACUCUCAUGAAGGUACAAUUGUUCCUGAGACGCCACCAUCCAAUUUGUUGCGUGAGGUUGAGUCGCAUCCUCGGUCAAGUCGAUCACUUCUACAAAGUUUCACUGAUAUCGAUCGAAUGGAGACAAGUACUAGCAAAGGUCCAUCUUUGAGUGCUAAAAAAUCUGUCGCCAAUAGCUAUCUCAGAAGACUGGCAGAUGAAUGGUCGGAUGAAGUUUCCAAUGAAGGUUCAGAGAAUGAAGAAGACAUCGAUGUUGUUGGCCUGGACGCCCCUGAAGAGAAUGAAACUUCAUAUAGAAGCUCAGAACAUGAGACAACACCCGAAAUUAUCGACGAAGAGCCUGCAGCUGGAAGUUCAUUUUUGGAUUCAAAGAGAUCUCGCAUUCCAAGUCCUAGGUCCGGAACACUGCCAGCUGUUUCCACCUUAGUCCGAAAGUCGCCAUCGAAAAGCGGAUCAUCCUCUAGUGAGAAUGUCGCGGGAAGUUCACAGAUUUCACAAAAUAGUUCUGAAAAAUUGCCCGACAAGCCCACAAGUCCAGUGAAAAAAAUUGCAACAAAGCAAUUGACUCUGAACGAAUUCCUGAAGGUUUUGGAAAGGAAAGACUACCAGGCUCCUGAAGCUGCAGAUGCGCUGCGGGAAACAGAAGCUCAGUUUAAGGAUGUGUGGCAGAAAGCAUGUGCGGCCACCACCACUCCUGCCAAACCUAAAACCACGUCCAAGAAGAAAAUCGUACAAGCAAAACCGAGUAAACCCAAAGAGUGGAAAACUCUUCCAUAUGCUUAUCAUCGUGAAGCGUUCAGUCGGUUUUCCAACCGUCGCUAUAGUAAGGCUGUCAUUGACGAGGCUGCCAAAGCUUCUGAAACGUUCUUUGCUAAUCUCGUAGCGGAUUUGGAGGAUGUUGCAACCGUGAACAAUCAUAGUAUUAUUCAACCCUCUGACGUCAUAUUCCUUAUGAAGAAACAAGGACUUAUUGAGGAUUCGGGGCAUUCCCUGAACGCACUCGUAGAAGAGUAUCUACCUGUCAAUGAGUGGCCUCAUGCCUGGCCUAAAAAAUAGGAUUCAAGGUGUGUUAUAUAUAUGAAGUUGUGCUUAGCCUUGACAAUCUUUUCAAAUAUCUCAGUUUGCUUUGGGUGCAUAAUUGAUUUUUAAAAGAUCAGUUUCAUUUGAGAGGCGGAUGUAAUCAGCGGAAGAAAAAUCAUAACGGCUAGACCUUCAUUUUUUCACGUCCUGACCGUCAUAUUUCUUUUAUUUUUAUCAAGGCAGAUGAAAUAUAUGCCUUGAAUUUUCUUCCAAUUAUUGAUUUUUAAAAGGUCAGUUUCAUUUGAGAGGCGGAUGUAAUCAGCGGAAGAAAAAUCAUAACGGCUAGACCUUAAUUUUUGCACGUCGUGCCCGUCAUGUUUAUUUUAUUUUUACCAAGGCAGAUGGAAUAUAUGCCUCGAAAGCUCGAAUUUUCUCGCAUUACGCCCAUGUUCGACAUAAAUUCAGCUCCUCGUGCGUUUGGAACUGGUGCACGACUUUUACAUUAUGUUUCGUAUCCAAAAGAGUUUAUAUUGUCAUAUUUUGUUCAUUGAGUCUAAUGUUGACUCCUGUUGUCCAAGUUAGCGGAAGAUGAGAUUUUUUUUACGUAUCGGCACUUGUUAUUGGAAACUAUUUUUUUGAAUAAAUUUGAAACUACUUUU